UCCCCCCCAGAGCCUCCGAGGGAUGGCACCGGCGGGAGGGGGCGGGGCCGGCGCACGGCAGCCUUCUCCGCUGCGGCCGCCUGCGCUGCGGCCGGAAACAAUAGUGGAGGAGCCUGGGCCGCGCGGAUCGGCGGCGGCGCGCGAAGCCGGACGGGGCACUAUGAACGAAGAGGAGCAGUUUGUAAGCAUUGAUUUGAAUGAUGACAACAUCUGCAGUGUUUGUAAACUGGGAACAGACAAAGAAACACUCUCCUUCUGCCACGUUUGUUUUGAGCUAAAUAUUGAUGGAAUACCAAAAUCUAAUCUCUUGCACACCAAAUCAUUAAGGGGCCAUAAAGACUGCUUUGAAAAAUACCAUUUGAUUGCAAACCAGGAGUGUCCUCGAUCUAAGCUUUCAAAAAGUACUUAUGAAGAAGUUAAAACCAUUUUGAGUAAGAAGAUAAACUGGAUUGUACAAUAUGCACAAAAUAAGGAUCUGGAUUCAGAUUCCGAAUGUUCUAAAAAUCCCCAGCAUCACCUGUUUAAUUUCAGGCAUAAGCCAGAUAAAAAGUUACUCCCACAGUUUGACUCCCAAGUACCAAAGUAUUCUGCAAAGUGGAUAGAUGGAAAUGCAGGUGGCCUCUCAAACUGUACACAAAGAAUAUUGGAACAGAGGGAAAAUACGGACUUUGGGCUUGCUGUGUUACAAGAUUCAGGUGCCACUUUAUGCCACAAUAGUCAAUUGUGGCCUCAUAGUCACAACCAGGAACAGAAAAAAGAAGAGACAGUCUCUAGUCCAGAGGCUAAUGUCCAAACCCAGCAUCCACAUUACAGCAGAGAAGAAUUGAAUUCGAUGACUCUUGGUGAGGUAAAGCAACUGAAUGCAGAGCUCCGACAACAAAUACAGGAAGUUUUUGAAGAGUUAGCCCACCAAGUGCAAGAAAAAGAUUCUUUGGCCUCAGAGCUCCAUGUCCGCCACAUUGCCAUCGAACAGCUUCUCAAGAACUAUUCCAAGUUACCGUGUCUGCAAAUGGGACGAACGGGAAUGAAGUCACACCUACCCAUAAACAACUGAACUCUAAACUUACACGUCCUUCCUAUGGCCUGCCAUUUUUUUGGCCUGCCAGGCAUGCACACUUUGAAGAAGUUGAAGAAAGUUAUGGUCAAUUAUUUUAUGGUCAUUAAAUUUGCAAAACUUAAGGCAGUGUUUAACAUCUUUGUCAAAUAAAGCAGAUCAUUACACCCUAGUCUUCUAGGGUUAAUCAUUUUGGUUCAUUUGGGAAAUCUUUUUUCCCAUAAUUACUAAACAGCCCUCCCUAACUUUUACCAUAUGUGACUACUUAAAUAUACUGUUAGAGUGUGACUUUGUUAAACAUGGUUUAAUGUAAUUCACCUGUCAGAACAACAGAAGGUUAACAAAGUUCUUAGGUUAGUCUAAACUACUAAAGAUAACAUUUAAGAGGUAAAUGGAAUUCAUAAUAUCACCUCUUAUUUAUUGAGCAAUAUUUUAAUAUGAAAAUUUUAUAUAUAAAAAUAGUAUUUUAGGUACCUUUUCAUUCUGUUUAUAAAUGUGUAUUUGAAUGGCUCUGUAUAUUAUAUUUACACUUUCAUGUGUGAAUGUUACCCAUAUUUCAGAUCACUGCAUUUUAUUCUCUUAAUAAUGUUUUUACAGCUGUUAUCUUAUUUUCCAAAGAUAAAUGUAUUUUGGCAUAGAAAUCUAUCUAGUUGAAUUGUUUUGACUUCUAAUAACUCUUAUGAAAGAGGAAUUAAUAACUUUUUAAAGCAAGUAUACAGGAAAAUAAAAGACAUUAUUUUUUUCUAACAAAAACAGUUAUGAGUCCAAGAAGAAAAUGCUAAUCUAGUUUCUGUAUAUCAGCUUGUCUCCAUAGAAGUAAAAGCCUAUUCUACGUCAUUAUUACUUUCAUCCUAAUGACUUUGAUGUGUUAGAUUUGGACAGAAUUUAAGUAAAGUCUCACUUCCAAGUCAAAUGUAAUGUCUAUCUUCAAAUAUAAUAUGCCAUGAAAUUGUUGUCCUAUCUUUGAAAAAAAUUAAAAUCAUUUUGUGUACCACUUAAGAUAAAAGUUCAAGAAUCCUUCAACUGUCCAAAUUCUGUUAUCAACAUCACUGAAAGUAGUGCCCAAAGAAAGCAUUUUCUAAACUUUAGAAUCUAAAGGAAAAGAGAAGAUUGCUAGUCACAGAAAAACAGAACUCUUAAUUCAAAAAAAAAGUCCAUUUUUAAGAGGAUACUCUUAUUGCCUAUCAUGUUUCCAAAGAAUUCUGAACAAAUAGUUUGUCUCAAACAGCUAGAUAAGUUUUCAAAUAAUAUAGUAAAAGCUAUAACCAAUGCAGAAUUGGGCUCUAAAUUCUGUUUUCAACUAGUACUUAGAAUGUAUUUAUGAGGUAAGAUCCUUUGCUUGAAAGAAUCCACAGAAAAGCCCAUUAACUUGGCAGUUUCACACAUAAAGAUAUGAAUAACUUCUGCCUUAAAUUUGGCAGCCUGCCCUGGUUUGGGUCAGAUUUUAGUCUUGAACACAAAGAGUAUUUGACUAAGCAAAGAAACACCUCAAUCUAGUAGAAAACAACUUUUUGUAACGCUAAAAUGUGUUAAAUUUGCCUGAGGAUAUCAAUUGAUAUCUCAACUGAUUUUGUUUUCUUCGAAAUAUGACAUAACUGCUUUUCGGAGGGAGCUUUUGAAAGAUGUUUUCAACUUCUCUCAAUCCUUUGAGUCACCCAGAAUGAAUUUAAAAUCCAGGGAGUGGGGGCUUCCCUGGUGGCACAGUGGUUGAGAGUCCGCCUACCAAUGCAGGGGACACGGGUUCGUGCCCUGGUCCGGGAAGAUCCCACAUGCCGCGGAGUGGCUGGGCCCGUGAGCCAUGGCCGCUGAGCCUGCGUGUCUGGAGCCUGUGCUCCGCAGUGGGAGAGGCCACAGUGGUGACAGGCCUGCGUACCACAAAAAAAAAAAAAAAAUCCGGGGAGUGGGAAUGCAUUGCCUUAGUUGUGAUAAGCUUUAAUUGAAUGUGUGCAAUAUCAAAAUCUAUAAACUAUAAGUUGAAUAAAGACAUUUCCUGAUGAAGCCGAUAAGUAUCUCAGUGCUUCGUUGUUAUGGUCAGAUUUUCAAAUUUGACUUUACUCUUUUUUGACAUAAUUCAUUAAGAAUCUUCCCAGCCAGGGUGCUUCUACACAUUUGUGGUUCUAUUUAGGUCACUUAGGGACAGUCGUAAAAGUUUGGGAUGUGUUGCCUUUGAUGUAAGUAGUAGCUUGUUGCCAGAACAUGAGCCAUAUGGUGCAGUCCCAAAUAUAACAGUGUUAUCCAAAGAAAGUGUUUGCUUAUUUCUUAGAGUUUCUGGCGAAUUUAUAGCAUUACUAAUGAGUUUGGCACAAUUGCAUGGGGGCGUAUAUACCAAGGUCUUAAUUGAGGAGUCUAAUUUAUUCCAUUUAGAUAUUUCUUACUUAAGCCCUUCAAAGGCAAGGUGCUCUUAAAAAAUACCUGUGGUGCUGGUACUCGCACUAGUACUUAAUUUGGAAGGAUAUCCUAGUUAAAAAAAAUUUUUGAAAAAAGUAUUUUGCACAGCAGUUUAUCCAAAUAUUUGGUAAACUUAUUUUAUAUUCCUAUGUUAGUUUUCUUGAAUAUUCAAUUAUUGUAUAUGCUAAAAUAAGGGUAAGGGAUAGAGUUGAGUUUUCAGAGAACAUGAAAUACCGCAAAUAUUGGUUACCAUGCUUGGCUAUUUUUCUGCAGAGUUGUUAGUACUUUUUGAGGAAGUUUAGAAGAAAACCUCACAUAUACCUUUAGUUUCAAAAAUGGUAAAAAAAGAGACUGCUAAUCAGCCAUUAUUGACAUCUUCACAGCUUAUGUGACUAAAGGGAGUGAAAUAAGACUAAUAUUUUUUUCACUUUAGAUUUCAUAAUUAGACAAGUUGAAUUAAGUUUAAAACAUCUGUUGUUUAAAGUUAUUUUGACCACACAAGAUUGUUCUCUUUAAAGAUUUAAAAUGCUUGCAGCCUUUUAUUUAAGCUAAAAACGUAUUUGCUUGGCGAUUAUUAUCCUUUGAUCCUAGUAUUUAGUAUCCAAAUUAGUCUUUUUUUUCUUAAAGGCAUGCACUUAAGAGACCAAUAAUAGAUGAUGCAUGCAGGCAGCAGGAUAGUGUUUCUUUCCAUUAUGUAGUUGCUUACACACAGUGUUGGAGCAGAGAAAUGUUGUUAGUUUUUCAAAUUAUAUGUUCAUUUCACCACAAAGUGCCCAUUUUUAUAUGCAUUUGAGGAUUGUUUUUAAAAGAAAUUCAUGUUGGAAAGUGAUUUCAGAAAUAUAGUCAAAAUAUAUUCUUUUGUUGUUGGCAUCUUGACAAGCAUCUUGAGAUUCCUCGGGUUUUUUAUUUUACUGUAUUCUUUACCACUGAAAAUGGUUUAAAGUUCAUUCUUUUUUGUUUAUAUAUUUUUUUUACCUAGGUGUUUACAAUGUUGAGGCUUUCGGUCAGUUUUUGCCGCAUUUUGGGUUUUUUUUUAAAUAUUUUGGGAUGAAUGUGUUAAUGUUUACCAGUUUUGGCUUUAUUUUGUUUUGUUUUGGAAGAAAUCUGCUAGUGUUAUUAAUGUUGUAAAAUGUAAUACAAAAUGUAUAUGCUCAAAACCUCAGUAGGAACUUUUAAAGAAAUUAUUUGUGUAGCUUAGUAGGAGGUUCAGGUUAGUGACCAUAAAAUUAAGUUACGUGACAUAAAAAAUUUUCAAAUGGUACAGUGUAAAGUUCUUGUAGUGUUAUUUUUAUGCUAAAGUAAGAUAUGUGAGUAAUUUUAAGUACUUAAUAAAAAGUUUAGUACUCUACAAAUAGAUUUUUUAAAAAUAUCUUUUGUUCAGAUGUGGCUGAAAAGCAAAGAUAAUUGAUUUCAUUUCAGUGUUCAAUUGCAUUUUUAACUUUAGGUUGGUGGAAAUAAUUAUUUGAGGAAAUUUGUGGUGGUGGGGUGGGAGAGAGUUUAUUACCAAAAUAAUAAGGUAAUAAGGCUCUGGCACAAGUAAAGGUAUCUUGGAGGGGGGCUGUAAUACUGUGCUUGGAAUAACAAGGUUCUGUCCAGCGUCUUAAGUAUUUUCAUUCACUUCAUCCUUUCAUAACUGCCCUUAUGAUAAUGUAGUCUAACCUAUUAAGCAGCUUGGUCACCUUGCUAUGAACCAUAUCAUAGCAAGUCUCUAGCGUUGAGAUUUCUUGAGCACCUAGUUUGUAACAUAUGCUUUUCCUAUUCUUUUUAGUUUAAAAUAAUCCAGAUUACUAAUGCAUUUCAGUGAUGUUGAAUUAGUCCGCAAUUUUAAUCCUACCAAAUUAAAAAGUUUAAAAAUCAUGAAGAUGAGUAUUGCCCUCCACCCUCCCUUCAGAAAAAGUGUUAGUUGAACUUCCCUCAACUGCACAGAAAGCAAAGGGAAUUUUAGUAAAUGUGCAUUUCUUCUUUCAAACGUGUAGAAUGUUUAUUUCCAUUCUACUGCCUCCAAAAGAGGCAUUUUAGAAAGUGUUCAGUAGUGACUUCUGUUAAAUGCCAUUCAUACUUUUACAGUUUGUGUGUGUGUUAAUGUUGCUUUAAACUUGAGUAGAAAUUCGUACAAAAUUGUCUAAGACCUUUGAGAAAAGAAAAUGAAGCUGCAGUGAUGAAAACCAAGUUGGUUUCAAAAAAGUUUAUUUAGACAUUACUUGGCUGUUAUAUUUUCCUUUUAAAACUGCAAUAAUUUAUAUAUUUGUAUUGCUCUGCUUUGGAACUGUAACUACAUAUGCUUGUCUACUAUUUUUAAUUUUACAACAAUAAAAUAAAUAUUUUAUUAUCUGCUA